AUGCAAAAUGUCGUAAAAGAAGGUUCGAUGGUUAUCUGGGAUUAUCAUGUUAUAUUAAUUCGAAACAUGCAUGGUAGAAAGUAUGUUUAUGACUUGAAUACAAAGUUAGAUUUUCCUUGUGAUCUCAAAACAUAUUGGUCGCAAACUUUUCGUCCUGAUAUUGCGAUAGAUAGCAAAUAUAGAAGGUACUUUCGGGUUUUUUCGGCUUUGGAAUAUUUGAAAAAAUUUUCUUCUGAUCGUCGCCAUAUGAAAAAUGCUAAAGGAGAAUUCAUUUCGUGUCCUCCACAGUGGCCAGCAAUUUAUAAGGAAGUUGCGAGUAUUCGUCUUUUCUACAAUACGUGCAAUUUAUCGAAUCUCAACGACAAUAAAACACAAUUAAUAACAACACCACUGCAACGAUUUUGUAUUGAGCAAAAGAAACGUGAUUUAAUUGCGUUCGCACAUCCAUCGCAAAUCGUCGAUGCGAAUUUUCAGCUUAUCAACAAUUUACCUAACUUUUUUAUAGGUUUUGAUCCGACAUCGAAUAGUUUGCAUAUAGGUAAUUUGUUGAUUCUAACGAGCCUUUUGCGAAGUAUUCAAUUUGGUUGUCAAGCAAUUGUGUUAAUUGGAAGUUCAACAGCUUCAGUUGGUGAUCCUAGCGGUCGUCAAAUAGAACGUGAUUUCUUGGAAAGCGAUACUAUCAGGCUGAAUGCAAUACAAAUACAUUCACAAAUAAGUCAUAUAUUUUCCAAUUUCUCGGAAAUGUAUCCAAAUAUUGCCUACAAACUGGAAAUAGUUGAUAAUAUGGAGUGGUAUUCUAAGAUUGGUGGCAGUGAUCAGUUGGGGCAUUUGGAUAUUGGAUGCGAUUAUAUAAUGCGAAGAUCAGGCAAAAAUUCGGCAGGACUUUGUUUGCCACUUCUUACUGAUGCUGCUGGUAAUAAAUUGGGAAAAUCAUUAAGUAAUAUUGGUGGUAAUAUUUGGCUGAAUGAAAGAAAAACUUCAUCCUAUGCUUUUUACCAGUUUUUCCAGCAGAAACCAGACAAAGAAAUCGUAGCUCUUUUUAGACAGUUUUCUUUGCGACCUUUUGAAGAAAUUGAGGCAAUACUUGUUCAUCAUUCAAACAAUUUGGGUCAAUGGAUAGCACAAAAAGAAUUGGCAACCGAAUUAACUAGAUUGGUUCAUGGACAGAGAGGGCUUGAAAUUGCUGAACAAUGUUCUAAUGCCAUAUUUCACGAUAAUUUGGAUGGACUUUUGAAUUUGCCUGCAUCAACAAUUGAAAAUCUUUUCGGAGAAGCGUCUUCAUUUCAUCUUUCGCGUUCAAAAAUUAAAAAUUUUGGUGAUUUGGCUAAUCAGUGUCGCAGAGAUAAGUUUUACGGUUCUGUGCUAAUGAAAGAAGGAGCAUUAAAACUGAACGGCAAAAGAUAUACCGAUCCAAAAAGAAGCAUCGAUUUCAGUGAAAUUAAUUUUGGUGGUAAAAAUCUUACAAUUGUUUGUUGGGGUAAGCGAAAGUAUAGUUUGAUUCGCUGGUCAGAGUAA